AAAAGAUUCAUGUUUCAGUGAUUCCAUCUUAAAUUCAGAGUUCUAGGAGUCGUUGUUCUUUAUCGCUGGAUGGAAAUUUCAGUUCAUGUCUGUAUUUACUGAAAGUCAAAUAUCGGUAUAAGGUGGUGUAAAUUAUUCUGUAAAUGAUCUCAGAGAACUCCAUGAUUUCACUAAAACUCGUCCGUUUUUGAUAAGUGCGUGUUUUUACAGUGCAGCUGAGAUCUGGGAGGAGCGGAGAGGAGGAGGAUGAUGAAGAGGAGGAUGUUCUGCUGUCAGAUGAAGCCUGCCUCGGCUCUCCGCGGCUCCGUCACACCGUCUCUCCUCCUCGGUUCUUCUUCCGACCGGAGCUCCGGAGCUGCCGGAGGCUCCGAGCGCUGCACGCCCGGGAUGCUGCACCGAGCCCCGGCCAGGACGCAAAGUUCACCCCGGUGGAAAGAAGCGGAGCUCGGCGGAGAAUUCACGGACUGAAGAGGAAGGAGAAGCUGCGACCUGAGAGUUCUUCUUCCUCUCUGGGGAUCCUCAUCACUUCCUGUCAGCUGGACCUAGUGAAACCUCCUCUGAUUGGUCGCUCCCACCGCUGCCAGGAUGCCCAUCAUCAGCAAUGCCAACAACGACUUCAGCACCUACUCCAUCAGCAGCGACGACAGCAGCCUCGACCGCUUCUUCACCGAGAUCCCAGAAACCGAGACCCUCAAAGGCGUCUACUUCCAGCGGGCCCAGCGGCUCCGUGACCCGAAGGCCUCCUACGUGGUCGACCACACCCUGCAGGUGCUGGUCAAUGUGGGGGGAAACCGCUACACCUUCCCCUGGAGCACUCUGGAGCAGUUCCCCCAGAGCCGGCUGGGACGCCUGCGGUUCUGCACCACGCCAGAGGAGAUCGCCCGGCUCUGCGACGACUAUGACGAGACGGCCCGGGAAUACUUCUUCGACCGGAACCCGACGGCCUUCCGGGUCAUCCUCAACUUCCUGGCUGCUGGGAAGCUCCGCCUCCUUCGGGAACUCUGCGCUGUUUCGCUGCACGACGAGCUGGACUACUGGGGUGUGGACCCGGGUCACAUGGAGCGGUGCUGCCGGCGCCGCAUGAUGACCCGGGUGGAGGAGGUGGCCGACAGGGAGCGGAAGGAGGAGGAGUGGCGGCAGAAGAGGCUGGUCCUGAAGAAGAAGGCGCUGCAGGCGGAGCAGGGCCACCGCCGGCUGGUCGCCACCCUUAGGGAGGUGAUGGAAAACCCUCACUCUGGGCUGGCGGGGAAGGUGUUCGCCUGCCUGUCCAUCGUCAUGGUGAUGGUCACCGUCAUCAGCCUCUGCAUCAGCACCAUGCCGGACCUGAGGGAUGAAGAAACCAGGGGCGAGUGCUCCCAGAAGUGCCGCAACAUGUUUGUGGUUGAGUCCAUCUGCGUCGCCUGGUUCACGCUGGAGUUCGUGCUUCGCUUCAUCAAUGCUCAGAGCAAGUUGGCGUUUGCUCGCGGUCCGCUGAACAUCAUCGACGCCAUCGCCAUUUUGCCGUACUACGUGUCUCUGGUGGUGGACGUCCGAGACCCAUCGCAGGAGGACGUGAUCAUGGGCGCCGGCCGAGGCUACCUGGACAAGCUGAGCCUGAUCCUGCGGCUGCUGCGGGCGCUGAGGAUCCUGUACGUGAUGCGACUGGCCCGCCACUCGCUGGGCCUGCAGACGCUGGGGCUGACCAUGCAGCGCAGCAUGCGGGAGUUUGGCCUGCUGCUGCUCUUCGUCUGCGUCGCCGUCACGCUCUUCUCGCCGCUGGUCCACCUGGCCGAGAGCGAGCUGGCGCCGUUCGCCUCCUCGCACCCCCACCACAGCUUCAGCAGCAUCCCGGCCUCCUACUGGUGGGCCAUCAUCUCCAUGACGACGGUGGGCUACGGCGACAUGGUGCCGCGCAGCAUCCCCGGCCAGAUCGUGGCGCUGACCAGCAUCCUGAGUGGAAUCCUCAUCAUGGCGUUCCCGGCCACCUCCAUCUUCCACACCUUCUCCAGGUCCUACCAGGAGCUGAAGCAGGAGUACGAGCGGCUGUGGAAGGAGGAGCGAGAUGAGGAGGUCGCCGCUGAGUCUGAGGAGAGCUUGACAAAGGCGGAGCUUUCGGCUGAUGGGAUCACAGCCAAUCAGGACAAUGAUGGUGUGACGUCAGGAAACACUCAUCAGUUACCGUCCACAGCAUUCUAACAGAGUCCUGAUGUGUGGAGAAAAGUAGAUUUAGACUCCAAACAUCUGGACUUGCAGUAAACUUUAGAUCUCUUCCAAGAUCUGGGUUCAACAUCUUCCAUCCAUCUGCUGAGAUCAGGUCCCAUUUGGAUAUUUUUCUGAGAGGAGAAAUCAACUUUAGUAGUGAUCAGUUUCUACUGAAGCUCCUAGAAAACCAGUGAGCUCUCCCUCACAGUAAUCUAGAUCUGUACUCAUUAGUGAAUGCUAGCAUGCUAACAUGCUAAUCCAAGAUGGUGGACACGGUAAAUGCAGCGAUGUUGACUCUUUUUGUUCUUUAUAAUUUGUCAGAUGGAUUUAAAUUUCUUUUUUGACUGGUCACGUUCAACAACAUCUUUUAAUAAACUGUUUCCUUUGUAACGUAGGAUUUUUGGCUAAGUUUCAAGUCUGACACAUCCCUAAAGAUAUUUUCCUGCUUCCUCUGGUUUCCACAGGCCCCGUAGGACUAACUAACCUAACUAACCAACUUAACUAACUAACCCUAUCCCUAACUAACUGUAGAUGCUUCAGUAGUAAUCAACAGGACUUCUCUGGUAGGUUCUUUUCAAGUACCUAUCAGAGAAAUCCAGUUGAUUACUACUGAAGCUCCUAGAAAACCAAACACGUCCCCCUCUCCGUAACCUGGAUCUGUGCUCGUUAGUGGAUGCUAACAUGCUAACAGGCGUUCAUGCAGAACUGAAUCUUUACUAGGUGUUUAGUUCUCACUUUUGUGUAAAAAAUCUAAACAAUAAUCUCACUGCCAUUAUUGUGCAUUCUUCCAUUCUCUGAAACUGUUUUAUAUGUUUAUGGCUAGUAGGAGACACUGUGUUUGUGGCGAAUAUCCGGAUACCAAAAUUAAUAUCCGGAUAGUGCCGUAGCGAACAAAUAUUUGGAUAUUCGAGAUAUUCGGGUCCAGCCCUAAUGGCAGAAACAGCUGCAGCCAUCUUGUUCUGCUGAUUUACAACCACAGUCAGUGUGAGGGCAGAGACUUAUUAUUGAGGCCACGCCCAUACAUGCAAACACGCCCCCUAAACCUAAUGUAGACCAGCCGCCAACAGCGCACUGAUGCUUAUUAUUUUCUAGAUAACAGUUAAUAGUACAUGCGAGCUAUCAAGCUAGCUAGUUGCCUAUCAACUACUUUACCCCUUAAAUUGUUUGGGAUGUUAGCUCACUCGCUAUAACAUCUGCAUUAAAUUGCUAUUUAUGUUAGCUCACGUAGCCCAGCUGUACACUAAUCAUGUUCCAAAUACCAAUGAUUAGCGGCUGUUAGCUGUAUAUUUAGCAGGUUAAUAGUCAACUACUUUGCUCUAUAGAUUAGUUGUGAUCUUAGUCUGCUAGCUUAAACAUUAGUAUUAACCAAUUACAUUAGCUCAUAUAGUUCAAGUGCUGCCAUUUUUAUGGUCCUGGACUGUUGUAGAUGCUAGCUGUAAGCUAAUCAUUCUCCAGAUAACAUUAUCUAGCGCUAGCUAGCUAACUACAUAUAUUCUUCUUCAUAGACCAUUACCGUGAGCAUUAACAUGCUAAUAACAUUAUUUCACAUAGCUCAGUCACUGCCAUCUUGACUGUCUCACUGUAUGCAAAUGAUUUUUUAGAUAACAAUGAUUAGUAGCUGCUAGCUGCGUUGCUAGCUAACUACAUGGCGGCUACUUUUUCCCAUAGAUCAUUUCUGCUCUUAGCUUUCUACCUGUAAUAUAAGCACUUAACUGCUGAUUAUAAUUUCUCACAUAAUUCAGAGAUCUUGAACAUCAUGGACACUGGCUGUUUGCUAAACAGAUUCUAGCUAACAUUCAUCAGUAACUACUUCCUGUCUACCUAGCUAACUACAUACCAGCCACUUUUCUCCAUAGGUCGGUUGGGAUUACAGCUUGCUAGCUGUACCACUCGCAUUAUAUACUUCACAUAGCUCAGUCACUGCCAUCUUGACUGUCUCACUGUAUGCUAAUGACUUUUUAGAUAACAGUAAUUAGUAGCUGCUAGCUGUGUUGCUAACUAGCUACAUGGCAGCUACUUUUCCCUAUAGAUUGUUUCUGUUCUUAGCUCUCUAGCUUUAAUAUUAGUGUUAACCUGCUAAUUAAAUUAGCUCACAUAGUUAAUCUGCCAACACUUUGACUGUCCAAGCCGCUGACUGUUUGCUGAUUACUUUCUAGAUAAUAUUUGUUAGUAACUGCUUCCUGUCUAGAUAGCUAGCUAACUACAUAUCAGCUACUUUUCACCAUAGAUCGGUUGGGAUCUUAGCUUGCUUGGUAUACAUACCAUUAGCAUGCUAAUAACAUUAGCUCAACCACUGGUAUCUUGACGGUCUUGCUGUAUGCUAAUGGUUGCUUAGAUAAAUGAUUAGUAGCUGCUAGCUGUGUUGCUAAUUAGUUAUAUGGCAGCGACUUUUCCCCAUAGAUUGUUUCUGCUCUUAGCCUUCUAGUUUUAACAUUAGCAUUAGCCUGCCAGUGAAAUUAAUACACAUAGCUCAGCUGCUGCCAUUUUGACAGUUUCGUUGUAUGCUAAUGAUUUUUAGAUGACAAUGGCUAGUAACUGCGAGUUGUCUUUUCAGCUACUUUUCCCCAUAGAUUAUUUCUGUUUUUAGCUUUCUAGCUUUAACAUUGGCAUUAACUUGCUAAUUAUAUUAGCUCAUGUAGUUCAGCUGCUGCCAUUUUGACUGUCCAAGCCGCUGAGUGUUUGCUGAUUACUUUCUAGAUAACAUUUAUUAGUAACUGCUUCCUGUCUUGCUAGUUAGCAACAUGGCAACUACUUUUCACCGUAGAUUGUGGGGAUCUUAGCUUGCUAAUUACCAAAUCAGUCAAAUGUGAACGCAAAGAGUUUGUAAUGUUGCAGAAAGCAUAUUUUAAAAACAUUAAGUUAGAUGUUGACUGUUUAGCUUCAUUUGCUAACAUGGAGGGUCUAUGACCAGCAACCAGAUUCUGCAAAGUUCUUAGUCUGUGAGUUGGACAGUUAAAGACGUCUGUUUCUUUGCAGCGUUUGGACCAACAGGAAGCUAGUUAGCCUCGUUAGCUCGUUAACACCUACAUCGUGGCAGCUGCUGCUUCUUUCUGCAGUCAGUUUAAACUCAGAGUGACUAAUACAGCCACGCCGCUGUUUCCUCCUGUUUGUUUCUCUUCACACGUCUCCUGAAUGUGACACUUUCUCCCUCGGUUUUCUAGAAGUUGUCCUUAAACGCCCCAUCAGAGCGACGGACACUUCGUGUGAUGGAUGAUGGUGGGACAAACCAGCGUCUGUGCAGCUGCAGAUCAAUGCUGCCUUCAGGGCCAGAAAGUCAUAUGAAAUCUGAUGGAAGCUUCAGCUAAUUGGUUUAUCCUCCUGUAGCUGUUUCUGUUUCAGCCUGUUUUUCAAUAAAGACUCCUGGAUGGUU